AUGCAGCAUAGCUAUGGAUUCGAGUAAGUGCCUUCAUGAACUGUGCUCUAGGUGUGGGAUUGUUCAGGAGCUAAUGGAAAACUACCAAACAGCAAUUCCCUUCAACACGUCUUCGUUGAAUGUCAACCCUCGAGUUGCUUUCCUCCACCAUCAAUUGGUGACUGCAUUCGUGAGUUUCACGUGACAUUGGCUGUGCACGCAGGUAUGACGGAAAAACUGAACGAGAAACAGACAUUGUAUCGUCAGUGACAGGAGGUGCCCUAUCAAAAGCGGGGGCACCCACCGUGGCCUGUCUGGGAAAACGACAUCGAUGCCCACAAACACCCCUUAUUCUACAACAACGCUCGUGAAGGAAGCAGGCCACGGGAAAAUACAGCGGAAGGAUUGACUUCGUACGGUUGAGAAUCCGGGUCCAUGGAACACUAGAUGUGAGUCUUCACUGUCAUUGCUACAGAUGGACAACAGCAAGAAUACUGAUAGUUGUAAUAAACGAAUCACGCAGAAAAACAGGCUCUGGUUCCGUGGAUUGCGGCUCACCAUCCCGUGGCAGAUCCUCAACGGCUCGGUUCGGUGGAGUGACCGUCGUGUUUGCAGGUGUGUGCCAAUCUUUCAAAAGCAAAGCGCAGGGCGGCAUGACUAACUGACCGGUUGGACUGUAACAUCACAGGAAAUCCGAAGCAAUGCCUUCCCGUUAUUCCAUGGCUCGGUUCGGUGGAGUGACCGUCGUGUUGGCAGGUGUGUGCCAAUCUUUCAAAAGCAAAGCGCAGGGCGGUGUGACUAACUGAUUGAUUGAACUGUAACAUCACAGGGGUUCCGAAGCGAUGCCUUCCCGUUAUUCCACGUCAUCGCCUGCACAAAUCGUCGACGCUUGCAUCAUGAAUGGCGACUUCUGGGGGGAUCUCUCUGUAAGUAGUAGUCCUUGCCUGACUUUUAGACCUAUACUAACAACAGCCCACGGUGCGAGCGCAGACAGACAUGCGUCUUCUGGCCGCUGCAGACCGCAUGACCGAAACGGAACGGGCAAAGGCAAUACGUCGAUAG